AUGGCCCCGCCCCCCUCCGUGGCCGCCGCCUCCGAUCGCACCGGCCCCGGCGCCGACGCCGGCGAGCCGUCCUCCCUCCGCCUCCGCCGCGCCCCCUCAGCCGACGCCGGCGACCUUGCCGACUAUUCCUCCGGAGGUCGGUGGGAGAACGGCGAGCCGCAACCGCCGCAGGAGCAGCAGCAGCAGGAGGAGAUGCUAUACUACCGCGCGUCGGCGCCCGCCCACCGCCACGUCAAGGAGAGCCCCCUCAGCUCCGACGCCAUCUUCCGGCAGAGCCAUGCUGGUCUUCUGAAUCUAUGCAUCGUUGUUCUGAUUGCAGUGAACAGCGGACUCAUUAUUGAGAAUUUAAUGAAGUAUGGCCUAUUGAUAAGAGCUGGAUUUUGGCUUAGUGCAAGAUCGCUGGGUGACUGGCCCCUUCUAAUGUGCUGCCUCACUUUACCAGUUUUCCCACUUGUUGCCCUCGUGGCUGAGAAGCUGAUUAGAAGAAAGCUCAUUGGUGAACAUGUGGUUAUUCUACUCCAUAUCAUUAUUACAACAUCUGUCAUUGUCUAUCCAGUUGUUGUGACUCUUAAGUGCGACUCAGCAGUGCUAUCUGGAUUUGUGCUAAUGUUUCUUGCGAGCAUCAUGUGGAUGAAGCUUGUCUCUUAUGCACAUACAAAUUAUGAUAUAAGGGUAUUGUCCAAAAGUACUGAAAAGGGUGCUGCAUAUGGAAAUUAUGUUGAUCCUGAGAGUAUGAAAGAUCCAACCUUUAAAAGUCUAGUGUACUUCAUGUUGGCCCCAACACUUUGUUACCAGCCAACUUAUCCUCGAACUACAUGUAUUAGGAAGGGUUGGGUGACCCGACAACUUAUAAAGUGCCUGGCUUUUACAGGCUUGAUGGGCUUCAUAAUUGAGCAAUAUAUAAACCCAAUUGUGAAGAAUUCCAAGCAUCCACUGAAAGGGAAUUUCUUGAAUGCUAUAGAAAGAGUCUUAAAACUCUCAGUGCCAACAUUAUAUGUAUGGCUUUGCAUGUUCUAUUGCUUUUUUCAUUUAUGGCUGAACAUUCUAGCUGAACUCCUCUGUUUCGGUGACCGUGAAUUCUACAAGGACUGGUGGAAUGCCAAAACUGUUGAAGAGUACUGGAGGAUGUGGAACAUGCCUGUUCAUAAGUGGAUCAUCAGACACAUAUAUUUUCCAUGUAUAAGGAAAGGCUUUUCCAGGGGUGUAGCUAUUCUAAUCUCGUUUCUGGUUUCAGCUGUAUUUCAUGAGAUAUGUAUUGCGGUGCCGUGCCACAUUUUCAAAUUCUGGGCAUUUUCUGGGAUCAUGUUUCAGAUACCGUUGGUAUUCGUGACAAGAUAUCUCCAGGCCACGUUCAAGAAUAUAAUGGUGGGCAACAUGAUAUUUUGGUUCUUCUUCAGUAUAGUCGGGCAGCCGAUAUGUGUCCUUUUAUACUACCAUGAUGUCAUGAACAGGCAGACCCAGGCAAGUAGAUAG